AGUCCUGUUUAGGUAAGAUUUCUUAAGUGCAGAGAGAUUACAUUAUCGCCCCAGGGUCUCAGAGGCUAAUGGAGUGGAGCAGAGUUUAAACCCAGGGGGCUGACUCAAGGGCCCACCUUCUCAGCCUCUGUGCUUUAAGGCCCCAAUUCGGAGUCAUCUGCAUACAAAUAGUAAGUGAUACGGGGACCGUCUCGUCUGUUUCCAUCCCAACUAGGACUUUUAGGAGAAGGGUGGCGAUUAACAACUAGGCUGGAGAAACAGAGGUAAACCAGAACUGUGGGGACAAAGGGGGCUUUCUGUUCACCUUACGGGUGGACGCUGAGAGCGUGGAUGAAUUUACCGAGGGAAAGAAUGCUGAAGAAAAGAAGGAGGGAGCCAGUGAGUGGGCCUUGAGAAAGACCGACCUUUGGGGAUCGCCAGAGAAAGAGAAACUCACAAACGAUAUACUGGGGGAGGUGAGACGGGCGGCCACGGUGUCAGACUCGGGCAGGGUCACAGAGGGGAAUCUUCCGCAGUGCCCCAGCCCCGGGGAACUAGGAAGGCUAUAGAUGUGAUAAGGCCCAAGAAGCAGCCGCUGAAAGGAACAAGGAAAUCGUUGGGGAUCUGCUGACAAACGUUUCUUCGCUUUGGUGGAGCUGGAAGCCAAAUUUCAAGUAAACGGAGGAGUGAGUGGGAGGUGAGGACCCAGACAGCCAGUUCAAACAACUUUGUAAAAAGUGGCCUUGAAGGGGAAACAAAAGAUAGGACCGUCCUGGAGGUGGAGUCAAAGAAGUUUCCUUUCUUUUUUAAAGCGAGAAACUAGACUAUGUUUAAGGUUUAAAGAAAGGAGCCAGCCCAGGGAGAGGGAAGAAAACGUGGAAUGCAUAAUUCUCCCCUCUCUGAGGGACCUCCUGGAGCAAAGUGCCCGAGGAUGUAGGAGACCGGCUGAGUUGAGGGAUCGCCUUCACACCGGAGGAGCCUUCCGCAGACCCGCUGAGUGAAAGGAAGGAGCCAGGCGGUACCGGCGUCAUGGUCCACCUACUGGCCUCCGAAGUGCGGCAGCUGCUCCACAACAAGUUCGUGGUGGUCCUGGGGGACUCGGUCCAGAGGGCUGUGUACAAGGAUCUGGUGCUUCUGCUGCAGAAGGACUGCCUGCUCACACCCAGCCAGCUCAAGGCCAAGGGGGAGCACACUUUCGAGCAGGAUAAGCUGGUGCGCGGGGGCCAGCUGGGCCGCAUGCACAACGGCACCCACUACCGCGAGGUGCGCCAGUUCUGCUCGGGCCAGCACCUGGUGCGCUUCUACUUCCUGACGCGCGUGUACAACGACUACCUGGAGGACGUCCUGGAGGAGCUGCAGGCCGGCGAGCACCACCCGGACCUGGUCAUCAUGAACUCGUGCCUCUGGGACAUCACCAGGUACGAGAAGGACUUCUGGCCCAGUUACCGGCGGAACCUGGAGAGGCUGUUCGGGCACCUCCGCCAGGUGCUGUCCGAGUCGUGCCUUCUGGUGUGGAACACGGCCAUGCCCGUGGGCGACAGAAUCACCAACCGCUUCGUCCCGCCCGAGAUCCGGUUAGCGUCCUCCUCCGUGAAAAGCCGGGUGAUCGAAGCCAACUUCUACAGCUCUGCCGAGGCCCAAAAGCACGGCUUCGAUGUGCUGGACUUGCACUUCCACUUCCGCCGCCACACGGGGAAGUUCCUGCAGACGGACGGAGUGCACUGGAACGAGCGCGCACACCGCCACCUCUCCCAGCUCCUGCUGGCCCACGUGGCCGACGCCUGGGGGGUAGAGCUGCCCCAGCGAGACCCAGUGGGCAAGUGGAUCACGGAUGGCCCUGGGAGAGGAAGACCUGGCCGGAGGCUUGAGAGGCAGCCCCUGGUCUGCGGAGAUCAGCCGGCCUGCCCUCCGCCCAGACCUUUGCCUCUCCCGGGGCGCCAACCCCUGCUCCCCACGCCGUCUCCCCGCCCAUCCCUGUUUCCACUGCUGUCCCCACAACCUCAUCCCAGACCCUUUCACCAGGUGAUGCCCCCAUUCCCAUUCUGCCCCCAGGAUACCGGUUUUUCUUCAGACCAUACUUUCCAAUCGGAUCAAUUCUCCUUCAACUAUUUAUAUUCAGAUGUCCCCCCAUCUACCCAAACAGAAUUUGCUGCCCAAGGUGACUUUCGGUAUGGUCCCCAGCCGCCUAUGCCCCGCUUCCCUCCACCCUGUUAUGAGCAACGGGUCCCUGAGGUCCAUAGGGGUUUUCCCAGGUAUCAUCCCCCUGACCCCUACAUGCCCUGGAGAAGGCGGCCUAAAACUUCCAAGAGAAGGGCCUCAGCCUAUAAAGAGCCAAGACCUCAAUAGACUGACUUGGGCCUUCUUCCUCUCGCACAUGGACUGAACAUGGUCUGCCUCUUCCCAAAUAAACUGACCUCCUUCACUGAAGCCUUUUGUCCACUGCUGUUAUCAGUGAUGGCAGGGAAGAUCAGUCUGACACAUAUAUGUUGUCCAUGGCCUCUUUCUGCACUCCCAGAUGCCUGGGAGGUGGCCAGGCAUCAUUCCUGCUUUCCUGCUCUUUAUUCUCUAUUUGUAAAUAUACAAUUGAAAUUAAAAAGUUGUUUCAUAAAAGUCA